AUGAAUACAACUGAAAGUAAAAGUUCAAAAAUUAAAAUCAUGUGGGAGAAAAGUGGCAAUGGUCACAAUAAUGAAAGCUUUGACAGCGAGGGACGUCCUUCCCGAACGGUGCUUUGUGUGCAACUGCUUCCACCUGGAGAUCCGUACUUUGAGACUACCCCCUUGCAGACAGAGGGCGCGGGGCCGGGCGGCCGGGGCAAAGUUACUCACUGGGAAAGCGCGGCCGCCCGGGGCGCGCACCGGCUCCCGGCGCCGCAGCCAAGCGCCAGCUCCGCUCUCCGCGGCCCGCUGAGAGAGCCGGGAGCCCGCCGGCCUCCGCUCCGCCGGGAGCCGCCGGGAGCCGCCGCCGCCGCCGCCGCCGCCGCCGCCGCCGCCGCCGCCGCCGCCGCCGCCGCCGCGGAUUUCCUGGCAAGAAGCAAACUCUGGCCAAGACUUCACUUCUCAACCGCCCCUGCUGCCUUCCCGGGGGCGAGCGCCAGGCCCCUGCAGCCCAACCCGACAAGCAGCUGGGCCAACCGGCUGCGGCGCAGGGCGGGCAGGGGGCGGGCCAGAGCGCGGCUCCGCCUAUCGAAGCGCGCGGGGGGCGGGCCAGGCCGGGGCCGUCACUCCCGGGUUAGAGUGAGCCCACUCCGCCCCUGGCCGCCUGCCCUCCCCCACUCGGUCUCGGCUGCCCCCGCCCGCCUGAUCCCCCCGCUGGAGACCCGCUGGGAAAGUGGAUCUGCGCUCACCGCCGACCGCCGCGAGCAGAGGGGAACAGCUGGGGAGGCAGUGACCCUCUGGGGGAACCGGGGUGUGGGUACGAGCACAGGUGGCGCAGGAAAGCAGGAAUAUAGGACAGAAACGAAGGCUUUUUUUGACCCGUUUGAGGUGUGCGGCUGCAAGAUCCCGGAUGACACACACACAACCUUAAACUCAUCCCCGUCUGUCGUGAAAUUCAUCAAGGUGUACUGAUCACCUGCACUUUGCACCUGUCAUCCCCCCGAACACCCCCCCCCUCCCCCGUCAGGCUUGGGGUCCCGCCAGGGAGUGACACCCUGCCCCAAGGGUCAGGCAGCAAGUCUGAAAGAGGCCCCAUUCCGCCCUGAGAAGGACGGCGGCUUGGGGCGGCAGGUAAGGCCCCGCCCCCUUCGCCAACACCUGGCCGAAGGUGCCGAGGGCUGCACCGGAGCGCCCACAGGCGGGUCUCGCCCUCGAGGUGGGACGGGAGAGCGGCCCCCCUGUCCCCGCUAGGGCAGCGGGCGGACUGG